AUGCCUCCUCUCCACAUCUCUCCCCAUUUCUUCACUUCUUUGGGCUCGCCCGCCUAUGAGCUUCAGAGCGCUGAGAAUGUCGCCUCCGGCAACACCUAUCGUCCAGGCAGGCGCCUCACAUGGGUAGGCAUUGUGGAACUGUGUAUGAUUCCUGUCCUCGUCUGCCUCUCCGGACUCUUUACAGGGCUUAUCAUUGCCACAGAGUCUCACAACUGCUACUUCUCCGUCAACCAGACCAAGCUCCAGACCCUGUCAUUGUGCGGCAAGCCCCGUGAGCAGUUGUACGCUCGACGUAUCCUAAUUUUGCGGCAAAACCCGUACCAGCUGUUGACAACUCUUGUUUUGUUCAGCGUAAUCGCAAACGAGAGCGUGCCGGUGGUCACAGGGGGCGUUAUUCCGAGCAGACUCCACUCAGUAAUUGUCUCGACCGCGGCAAACCUCGUAUUCGCCGCGCUCCUUCCUAUGUGUAUCUCCACGCGCCACGCUCUUCCUAUCGCUGGGUCAAUGGCAUGGAUUGUGCAGCGUCUUGUCUGGCUCACCUUCCCCGUCAGCUGGCCUGCCUCGAAGCUUCUCGGGUUCGUCCUUGGCCAGCAGAAACCUCCUGUAUUCCACCGGUUCGAACUGCGCGAACUCAUCCGCCUUCACCACACUCAGCCUGAAAGCCAGCUCGGCGACGACACGUUCCAGUUGACAUGGAACGCUCUUACUCUCUCGACCCUCACUGCCAAGGCUGCCAUGGUCCCACUCGAGAAAGUCUUCAUGCUGCCCUGGGACAAAGACCUCGACUACCGGGCGCUUUGCAAUAUCCACGAAGCCAGCUGGUCACGCAUAGUCGUAUACAACCAGCACGAGGACGUGCAAAUCAUCUACGGUUACAUCCUCUCCAGAAGCCUAAUCCUCCACAAUCCUCACAAGCGCAUCUCAUUGCAGAAAGUCCCCGUCUACGAGCUCCCUUACAUCAGCGUCAACGAGCCCCUCACAAACGUCAUCCGCAUUCUCCUGGACCGUCAGCGCCACAUGGCUCUUGUU